UGGCGUGGGAGAGGUUACCAAAACCUCCAGGUCUGAGGGCGGCUUCGGUCCGCCCGGAUUGGGGUGCAUUUCUCAUUCUCCUUGGAGCAAAGCACCUCUUGUGAAGUAAGAAGGAGACAUCUCCAGGAGCAGGAUCCCACGUGGAGAAAAACCGUUCCACAUCUGACUAUACCUUUGGAGAUUUCUACAUUUUACCAAGAUAAACUGAAAAUGAAGAAAUCCUAUGGACCCUUAUCAUUUGAGGAUGUGAUUGUGGGCUUCACACAGGAGGAGUGGCAGCACCUAGACCCUGCUCAGAGGACCCUGUACAAGGAUGUCAUGCUGGAGAACUACAGCCACCUUGUCUCAGUGGGGUGUUGUAUCCCUAAACCAGAAGUGAUCUUCAAGUUAGAACAAGGAGAACAGCCAUGGAUAUUACAGGAAGAGCCCACAAACCAGAGCUACCCAGGAGAUUGCAGUGUUGAUGACCAACUAGAGCAGAGUCAAGAAAUUCAGGAAAGACAUUUCUGGCAAACUCCUUUUAUCAAGAACAAAAUACUGACUGUAGAGAGAGGUAAUGUAUUAGGGAAAGUAUUCACAUUGGAUAUAGACCCAGUUCCUUCCAUAAAAAUACCUUGUAAAUGUGACCUAUAUGGCAUAAGUUUGCAGUACAUUUCAGAAUUAAUCAUCAGUAAGAAAAAGUAUUUAAGGAAAAAGCCUGAUGACCUUAAUGCAUACAGAAAAUUGUUCCUCAAUAUUAACCAUGAAAAAACUCAUAUGGGAGAGAAACCUUAUGAAUUAAUUCAAAAUAGAAAAUACCUCAGUCAUAAUGAGGACUUCAUUACGUAUAUGAAAAUUCAAAAUUUAGAGCAGUCCUUUGAAUUUGAGAAAUGUGAGAAAGAUUUCCAUGAGAAGGCAGUUAUUGUUACUUACAAGCAAGCUUACACAGGAGAGAGUCCUUAUGAACAUAAUAAAUGCAGUAAAUUACUCUGUAGUCAUUCAGCUUUCACUGUCCAUAACAUGGCUCCAAAAAGAGGAAACUUUCGUGAGUUUAAUGAACAUGAGAAAAUUUUUGAAAAAUCAGUUCCUCUGAAACAUAGAAUUCAUUUGGAGGUGAAACAGUAUGAAUGUAUUGAAAAUGCAGAUAAUUUUAGUAGAUCAAGCUUUGCUAACACAGGAGAGAAAACAUUUGAAUGUAACAGAACAGGGGAGCCUUUGUGCAAGAAGUUAGUACUUAAUGCAACUCAGAGAACACAUAGAGAAGAGAAAGUCUAUGAAUGUAAUGAAUGUGGAAAAAUGUUCUGUGAAAAGUCAAAACUUACUACCCAUCAAAGAAUCCAUACAGGGGAGAAACCCUUUGAAUGUAAUCAAUGUGGGAAAUGCUUCUCUAGGAAAUCUCUUCUCACAUUACAUCAGAGAAUCCACACAGGAGAGAAACCCUAUAAAUGUAAUGAAUGUGGGAAAUGCUUUUCUAGAAAUUCACACCUUAUAAUACAUCAGAGAACUCACACAGGAGAGAAACCCUAUGAAUGUAAGGAAUGUAGAAAAAGUUUCUACCAUAAGUCAUAUCUCACAGUACAUCAGAGAAUUCACACAGGGGAGAAACCCUAUGAAUGUAAUCAAUGUGGGAAAACCUUCAUAAGCAACUCAGUCCUCACAAUACAUCAUAAAACACACACAGGUGAGAAACCCUAUGAAUGUUAUGAAUGUGGGAAAUCUUUCUCUAGGAAUUCGUAUCUUACAAUACAUCAGAGAACUCACACAGGUGAGAAACCCUAUGAAUGUAAGAUGUGUGGCAGAACCUUUUGUCAUAAGUCAGAUGUCACCAAGCAUCAGAAGAUUCACAUAGGGGGAAAACCUUAUGAAUGCAUUCAGUGUGGGAAAACCUUUAGUCGCAACUCAGGUCUAAAAGUACAUCAGAGAACACACACAAAGGAGAAACCUUAUGAAUGUAGUGAAUGUGGGAAAUCUUUUUCUGAGAAAUCAGUCCUCACAGUACAUCAAAGAAUCCACACAGGGGAAAAACCAUAUAAAUGUAGUGAAUGUGGUAAAACUUUCUAUAAUAAAUCAGACCUCACCAAGCACCAGAGAACACACACAGGUGAGAAACCCUAUGAAUGUAAGGAAUGUGGUAAAUUCUUCUCUAGGAAUUCAUACCUUACAAUACACCAGAGAACUCAUACAGGAGAAAAUCCUUAUGUAUGUAAAAAAUGUAGGAAAACAUUCUGCUUUAAGUCAGACUAUACAGUACAUAAGAGAACACACAGAGGGGAGAAAUCUUACCAUUGUAAUGAAUGUGGAAAAACCUUCACUUGCAACUCAGUCCUCAGAUCACAUCAGAGAACACACACAGGGGAGAAGCCCUAUAAAUGUACUGAGUGUGGUAAAUCCUUCUCUGAGAAGUCAGUCCUUACUGUACAUCAGCGAAUACACACAGGGGAGAAACCUUAUGAAUGUAAUGAAUGUGGGAAGUCCUUUUAUCAUAAGUCAGAUCUCACUAAACAUCAGAGAACACACACAGGGGAGAAACCUUAUGAAUGUGAUCAGUGUGGAAAAAGCUUCAGUUGCAACUCAGGCCUCAAAGUACAUCAGAGAAGACACAUAGAGAAACCCUAUGAAUGUAACGAUUAUAGAAUCAUCUCUGAGAAAUCAGUUCUCACAGUGUGUCCAAGGAUACACAGAAGGGAAAAAAUCUUAGAAGUGUAGCAAUGAGAGAUAGCUUUCUCUAUGAAUUUAUACCUCAAAAUAUGUAGUAGAAUUCACAUAGAAUAUGACCCCUAUAAAGGUAAGGAACAUGGCAGAUCUUUUACCAUAAGUCAUCCUUCAAAGUAAAUAAGAAAAUACAAACAGGGAAAAUACUAUAUUACUGCAAAGAAUAUUUGAAAAGUUUUUGUAAGACAACUAAAAAUACACAUAGAAGGAACUCUGCUAAUGCAUAUAGGGAAUGUGAGGAAAUAUUUUACUAUAAAUUAGAACUUUUUUUUGGUUGGGGCUGGGUUUGAACCCACCACCUCCGGCAUAUGGAGCUGGCGCCCUACCCUUUUGAGCCACAGGUGCGGCCCUAAAUUAGAACUUAUUAAUGAACAACUUAUAUAGGAGAUAAUCCUCUGCCUCAGAUAUAGGUAAAUAAUAUUCCAGAAAAUGGCCAUUAAUAAAAAUCAGUGAAACCAGAAUUUAGGGAAAAUCAUCAAUGUCUUGGUGUGGGUUUUUUUGUUUGUUUGU